CUGAACUCAACUCUAAAGGUGCUUCUGUUUCAAUACCCCGGUUUUACGAACAGAUUUGUUUUAUAUAAUAUUUAUUGUUUUUCCAAAGGUUAUUUAUUCAUAAAGUGAUGGCAAAAGGAGAAGGAACCGAACAAUAUUCCAACAAUAAUUUAUUAACGAAUAAACCGGUCGACCCAGAUGUGGUCAAAUUAGCUGUGAAGCGUGAACAGAAGAACAGGUUGUCCAUAUGCAACAAGCUGUGCUACGCGGUGGGAGGAGCGCCCUAUCAGAUCACAGGAUGUGCUCUCGGCUUCUUCCUUCAGAUAUACCUAUUGGACGUGGCCCAGUUGGACCCGUUCUAUGCUUCGAUCAUCCUGUUUGUGGGGAGGGCCUGGGACGCUAUAACGGAUCCCACCAUAGGCUUCCUGGUCUCCCGCUCUCCCUGGACACGCUUCGGACGAAUGUUGCCAUGGAUCCUGUUCUCCACUCCUCUAGCUGUGGUCAGUUACUUCCUCAUCUGGUAUGUUCCUGUGUUUGAGGAUGGGAGGGUCAUCUGGUACCUGGUCUUCUACUGCCUCUUCCAGACCCUUCAGACGUGUUUCCAUGUGCCCUACUCGGCUCUCACCAUGUUCAUCAGUGAAGAUCAGAAGGAGAGGGACUCUGCCACUGCUUACAGAAUGACGGUAGAGGUUCUGGGUACUGUGAUUGGCACAGCCGUCCAGGGUCAGAUUGUGGGCAUGUCCAACGCCCCCUGUAUCCCGACGCCCGGUGAUAAUGUCACGGCCGACGGGUUAAACUCCUCCCUGCUGCUGGAACAGGAAGUCAACGCCACGAUCACCACUGUCAUCACCCUGGACCAAACGAAAAUGGCCUACAAUAUAGCCUCCGGUGUCAUCUGUUCCAUCUACGUGCUCUGUGCCGUGGUGCUGUUCUUCGGAGUCAAGGAGAAGAAAGAGUCGUCUCGCCCCCGGUCAGAGCGCAUGUCGUUCUGGCAGGGUAUCAGGCUGGUGAUGGGCCAUGGACCUUACGUCAAGCUGGUGAUGGGCUUCCUCUUUACUUCACUGGCUUUCAUGCUACUGGAAGGGAACUUUGCUCUGUUCUGCUGCUACACUCUGGGCUUAAGGAACGACUUCCAGAACAUUCUACUGGUCAUCAUGCUCGCUGCGUCGCUCACCAUCCCCUUCUGGCAGUGGUUCCUCACCAAGUUUGGCAAGAAGACAGCUGUGUACAUCGGCACCUCUUCUGUGAUCCCCUUCAUGAUCCUGGUGGUGUGUGUGAAGAGUAAUCUCAUCAUUACCUACCUCGUGUCAUUCGCUGCCGGGGUCGGAGUCGCUGCUGCCUUCCUGUUGCCAUGGUCCAUGUUGCCAGACGUGGUGGAUGACUUCCAGGUCCAGAACCCAGACUCUCGGGGUCACGAAGCCAUCUUUUAUUCCUUCUACGUCUUCUUCACCAAGUUUGCCUCUGGAAUCUCUCUGGGGAUCUCUACUCUCAGCUUGGAUUUUGCAGGGUAUAUGACUCGAGGUUGCACCCAGCCUGAGAACGUGGAUAUAACCCUGAAGAUUCUGGUCUCCGCGGCACCCAUAGGACUCCUUCUGAUUGGUCUGGUCAUAUUCCGCUCUUAUCCAAUCGACGAAGAGAGGAGGCAGGGCAACAGGAAGCUGCUGCAGGAGCAACGGGAAAAUGAGGCAGACUCCGAAACCGACUCAACAGAACUGACAAACAUGGUGUAGGUUCUAGAACACUCAUGGAUCAAUGGCGUGACUGAUUGUUGCUUGCACUGGGUGGGGCUAAUGAGGGGGGCUGGACCUAUCACAACGGCAACACUGCUUCCAUCCAAUCACACUGCUGCUUCAGGUCUCUGAACUUAAAAGGAUCACUAACACGAGGCCAAAAACAGAAAAUGUUUCUAAAACUGCAGUUCCCUAUGGCAAGGAACGACAACAUAUCUUAC